AUCUUUUUCAUCUUUCUUCUCCUUUAACAAACCCAUUGGAACCUUUGCAAAAAUGAAUAUGAUCUUUGACGAAUUCAUCAAACAUCAAAAGGAGCCUGAUGUAGGCAUCCCAAAAAUCCCACAUGAAAUUCAACAUCCCGAAGCAAUCACUCAAAUCGGUCAAACUUACUUGUGGAUCGUCUUUGCUGUAAUGGCAGUCGGUGCUGCAAUCUUUGCUGUUACAGGUCUCAGAGCUUCUUACCGUUAUCGUCCAAUUCAUAUCUUAAACUUUGUCAUUGUCUCAAUCGCAGCUGCUUCUUAUUAUGCAAUGGCAACCGGAAUCGGCAAGACAAUCGUUCACUCUGAUCCUCACAACCGUAGCGCAUGGCGUGAAGUUUUCUAUGCACGUUAUAUCGAUUGGGCAUUCACAACUCCUCUUUUGUUGCUCGAUUUGACAUUGUUGGCCGGAAUUCCAAUUGGUGAAACCAUUGCUUUGAUCAUUGCUGAUUUGUUCAUGAUCGGUACAGGUUUGGUUGGAGCUUUGCAUCCUUCUCUCAAAUACCGUUGGGGAUUCUUCGGUUUCAGUUGUGCGGCAUUUGUCGUUGUCGUUUUCAAUUUGAUUUCUUCAGGCCGUCAUUAUGCUUUCGUUCGUCAUCCAAAAGUUGGCUCUUUGUACAACCAAGUCGCUCUCGCUUUGGCCGUCGUUUGGACAGCUUAUCCAAUCGUUUGGGGCUUUGCUGAAGGUUCAGGCAGAAUCUCUGCUGAUAAUGAAGUUUUGGCCUUCGGUAUCUUGGACAUUAUCGCCAAGCCAGUUUGGGGUCUUUGGAUCGUUUUGGCAACACCACCUGAAGGUCACGUUGUUUUGGCUGAAUGGCUAGCUGCUCCUGGCGGCGCUGUUGCAGGCGGUGGUUACGGAUCCAUUCCUCAAAGUGAUCAAGCUUAAACGCAGGUUCAAGAACAUGCAGGAAAUAAAGCUUUCUUGUGUGAUAUCCUGUCACAAUAGCAAACAUUGAGAAUAGCACAUCUUCUAAGAAACAACUUUCCCAGAGAAAGCACGACCC